ACAAUGCGAUGAUCUGGCCAGGGUUGCCAGCACUGAAGUCGCGAAUGUUUGAUUGAAACGUUUCUGAAUGUUAACUUUUUCUUUCUCACGUUCUCUCACUAACUUAGUGGUAUAAAAAUGAUACAUGCUAAUAAAAUAAAACACAAACGUCCUCUCCCUUUGUGAGACCCAUUUCCCAUUAGCUUUUUGUCGUGUUUUCGUGGUGCCAGUUGUUUAUUCAUCUUGUCAGACCUGGCAACAUUGAAAUGGCGCCUUCUUGAAAAUGUCGGCGGUGUGGAAAUAUUUUAAAGUAUCUGAGAGCGAGAAUAGGGUUGCAGUUUGCAAUGAAUGUGACGCGAAAGUGUCUAGAGGGGGUAUUAAUGCUAAGACGUUUAGCACUUCAGGUUUAAUUAGCCAUUUAAAAACCAACCAUCCAGCAAAACAUGAUGAAUACGCGAGAGAGUCAGCUGCUGCUGCAGCUAAGAGAAAGGCUAGCAGCGCACCAUCUGUGGCCGAUGUCUUUGAAAAGACAAAAAAAUUCGCCUCGGAGAGUCCCAAAGCAAUAGGGAUUACUAAAAAAAUAAUGGAAUACAUGGCUUUAGACGACCAACCAUUCAGUGUUGUGGAGGACACUGGAUUUCGAAGACUCAUGGCGUACAUUGAGCCCCGUUACACCUUACCGAGCAGGCGUUAUUUCGCGGACGUGUGCCUACCAGAGCUGUACCAUAGCAUUGCGACUCGAGUGCACGAGCUCUUGGCCAAAGAUAGCAAUGCUUACCUGAGCUUCACGACAGACAUAUGGACCUCCGAUGUCAGCCCAACCAGCAUGCUGAGCUUAACAGCGCAGUGGGUCGACGAGAACUUCAAACUUCGGCAGGUCGUACUUCAGUCACAGGAAUUUAAAGGAUCGCAUACAGCAGGAGCCAUCUCCGAUGCGUUCAACAGAAUGUUUGAGUCUUGGCAGAUAGACCGAGCCAGAGUGCAUGCUGUGGUCAGCGACAAUGCUCGGAAUAUGGUGAAAGCUAUGGAAGAUAAUGGCCUGAAAGGGAUACGGUGCAUGGCUCACACUCUGCAGAUUGCUGUGAAUGAAGGUGUGUUGAGCCAGCGCAGCAUUGUGGAUAUAAUAUCAACAGGGAGGAAAAUUGUAGGCCACUUUAAGCAUUCCCCGCUUGCUUAUUCUCGCCUCCAGGCCCUUCAAGAACAAUUCGGAAUGCCUCCAAAACGUUUCCAGCAGGAUGUAAGUACUAGGUGGAACAGUACCUACUAUAUGCUCCAGAGCCUUUUGUCACAAAAACAAGUCCUGGCUGCCUACGCUGCCGAUAAUGAUCUGCCCGCGACAUUCACCUCCUACCAGUGGUUAUUAAUUGAGAACACACUUUCUCUUCUCGCCCCGUUUGAGCAGUUGACAAAGGAAAUAAGUUCAUCUAAAGCAUCUGCUGCAGAUGUUAUCCCGUUGCUUGCAGCACUCACGCGUCUUCUCAAGAAAGAAAGUGAAACGGACCACGGAGUCAAAACAACAAAAAGUGCACUGUUAGAGGCUGUCAACAGACGUUUUUGUCAGGCAGACACGGAACCCCUGUUUUGCAUCGCAACUGUGCUUGACCCACGAUAUAAGGAUUACUACAUUGAUGUUGAGAAAAAACGGAGAGUAAGGGAAAUGGUCCAGGCUGAAUUGGACUUGUUUAACCCGCUUGGAGACGGCGAAGUGAAGCACAGAGAAGGGGCCGAGGGUACUCAAACAAAAAGAAUCUGCACUACAGAGUCAGUGCGUGCGCCCUCACUCUCGGACAUGUUCGAGGAAAUCAUCCAGGAAAGCGACCCAGAUCUCAGGCAGCCGAGUGCCACUGCUCAGCAGCUGGACUGUUACCUGUCAGAAGUCCUGAUUCCCAGGAAUGAUGAUCCUCUAACAUAUUGGAGGACCAAUCGAGGGCGCUUUCCUGAGUUGGCACGGAUGGCACGCAGGUACUUGGCUGCUCCAUGCACAAGCACAGAUAGCGAGAGGCUGUUUAGUGCUGCAUCCAAUGUUCUUGAUGAGAGGAGGAACAGACUGACAUGUGACAAAGCAGAGAAGUUACUGUUCAUAAAGAAGAACCUGCCACUGUUCCUGAAGGAGUAGGCUAAGUACACUCUAUGCCAGAAGGACACUCCAUAAUUCAUUUGCGAUUUUGCACGUUGAUGCAUUUUUUUGUUGUUGUUGGAAUGCUUACAGAAGAGGUCCACCUAAGUUCAAAUAGUUUUUUUAUACAUUUUAUUUGGGGCUUGAUACACAGGUGCAGUGGUUAAUGUUUGGUCUAUAUUUGUCUACCGUCAUACCCCAGGGCAGAACAGAGAGUAAUAUGUUGAGUACAUGAUUCAUACAGGCUGAGUUAAUUAUACACUUGAUUUGGAUUGUGUUGUUUUGGAGUUUUUUGUUUGAAUGCCUUGUCUAAUGAAAAUGGGAAAAAAGGAAAUUAAAAAUCAAAUGAACAACUAUACCUACUGGCAGUUCU